GCAAGACACGCGGGAGAGAACAUAAUUAGGAAGAGUGAACACCUUUUUUAGGUGCUCRGCGCAUACCAAGCGGCGAUGCAACAGAUUUGUGCAGGUUUUUAGGUGGAAUAUUUUUGUCCAUUUAUUGGAUCCAUUUUUGGAGGGGGAAUGGCAUGUCUUAUGGCAGCAUUUUCUGUGAAUAACGCCACUGUCACUAACUCCAUCCUAAUGAACACCAAUGGGCCUCCUGAUCUGAUGCUGGACCCCAGAACCGUAUGUGUAUCUCUUGAUGAAGUGGUAUCCAAUCAUGUGAGCAGUCAACAUACUCCAUUAUUAAAUGGGCAUCUCAAGAAAGUGGAGAACAGUCUAACUGAAGCACAACGUUUUUCCUACCUGCCACGUCGACCAGCAGUAAACAUUGAAUUCAAAGAUGUCAGCUACUCAGUUCCAGAGGGACCAUGGUGGAGAAAGAAAGGUUACAAGACCCUGCUGAAAGGGAUCUCUGGGAAAUUCACCAGCGGUGGCCUGGUGGCCAUCAUGGGUCCCUCAGGAGCUGGGAAAUCCACCCUGAUGAAUAUUCUGGCCGGCUACAGAGAGACAGGGAUGAAGGGGGAGAUCUUGAUCAAUGGGCAGCCUCGUGACCUGCGCUCUUUCAGGAAGGUCUCGUGCUACAUCAUGCAGGACGACAUGCUUCUGCCUCACCUCACAGUACAGGAAGCCAUGAUGGUGUCUGCUAAUCUGAAGCUCCAGGAAAAGGAUGAGGGCAAGARAGACAUGGUGAGGGAGAUCCUGACGGCCCUGGGCCUGCUUGAGUGUGCGAAAACCCGAACGUCACAUCUAUCAGGGGGGCAGAGGAAAAGGCUGGCCAUCGCCCUGGAGCUUGUCAACAACCCCCCCGUCAUGUUUUUUGACGAACCCACCAGUGGCCUGGACAGUUCCUCCUGCUUCCAGGUGUUGUCUCUGCUGAAGGCCCUGGCCCAUGGUGGCCGCACCGUCAUCUGCACCAUCCACCAGCCCAGCGCCAAGCUCUUUGAGCUCUUCAACAAGCUGUAUGUCCUUAGYCAGGGCCAGUGUAUCUACAGAGGGAAUGUACCUAACCUGGUCCCCUAUCUCAGAGAGCUGGGGCUCAACUGUCCAACGUACCACAACCCUGCAGACUUUGUGAUGGARGUGGCGUCUGGGGAGUACGGAGAUCAGACGGCUCGUCUGGUGAAGGCCGUGCAGGAGAGGAAAUGUGAGCAGGUCUACAAGACAGACAUGAACAAUGGACCCCUCAACCCCUUCCUGUGGCACAAAUCUUCUGAGGAGGACUCCUCUUCCAGUGAGGGCUGCCACAGUUUCUCGGCCAGUUGUCUGACUCAGUUCUGCAUCCUGUUCAAAAGGACGUUUCAAAGCAUUAUUAGAGAUACGGUGCUGACUCACCUAAGAAUCUCCUCUCACAUUGGAAUUGGGAUUCUGAUUGGCCUGCUCUACCUGGGCAUCGGCAACGACGCCAAGAAAGUGCUCAGCAACUCUGGCUUCCUCUUCUUCUCSAUGCUCUUCCUCAUGUUUGCUGCUCUAAUGCCUACUGUUCUGACCUUCCCUUUGGAGAUGGGAGUGUUCCUAAGAGAGCACUUGAACUACUGGUACAGUCUGAAGGCUUACUAUCUGGCCAAGACUAUGGCKGACCUCCCCUUCCAGAUAGUGUUCCCAGUCGCCUACUGCAGCAUCGUCUACUGGAUGACGUCCCAGCCGCCUGACGCUGUGCGUUUCAUACUUUUCUUGGCCCUGGGAGUCCUCACCUCUCUUGUGGCUCAGUCUCUGGGCCUGCUGAUAGGAGCGGCUUCCACCUCGCUACAGGUUGCCACGUUUGUAGGUCCGGUGACUGCCAUACCCGUACUGCUUUUCUCUGGCUUCUUCGUCAGUUUCGACACAAUUCCGUGGUAUCUUCAGUGGAUGUCAUACAUUUCAUAUGUCAGGUAUGGCUUUGAAGGUGUCAUCCUCUCCAUCUAUGGCCUGGACCGGGAGGACCUCCACUGCGACAAGGGUGAAACAUGCCACUUCCAGAAGUCGGAGGCCAUCUUGAAAGAGCUUGACGUGGAAGACGCCAAACUGUACCUUGACUUCAUAGUGCUCGGCAUGUUCUUUGUGACCCUCCGCCUCCUCGCAUACUUUGUGCUGCGCUAUAAGAUCAGUGCAGAGAGGUAGACUGGAGAGUGGGGGGUAGGAGGAAGAAGGCCCAGAUCGCCUGCAUGCUGGAAUACCGCUUCUGGAGACCUCCAGGCUGUGGCCAGAAACACACCAUGCACACCAAACUCUUGGCCAAAGACUACAGAAUAUAGACACCAGUUGUGUGGGAGUGUGCAUGCUGUAUGAAUCUACUUUGCUUAGACAAAGAUGGCAGAGAGGAGCUCAGUGCCUCAGGCCGUGGCUGAUUCCCAAUAUUACAAGACCAUUCUUGUUUAAAAACCAAAACCAUUGGCUUUUUGAAGGCAAGGCUCCUGGCACAGUAGGWAUCUAGAUGUAAUCUCCUUGUGCAGUAUUUCUUUGUCCAAGAGAACCAACUAAGUAAUGUAGGAAUUUGUUGUUGAUAGGCUCUUGUCUAGUCUAUAGUUUCCAGACUGGUUUGUAUGACCACUGUGUGAAACCAAUUAAAUGAAAUAGCUUGGUGGAAGGACAAUGAGAAGACAAGGCCRCACUUAAACAGGAGCUGGUUUCCUCCAAAGUGUGUUUAUUAUAUAGGACUGCCAGCCAGUCAAAUGGGGCUCUAAUCCAGGACCCUCAGUAAAUAAAGGGAAAUGUACAAUAUUGCUUGUUGCUAAUAUGGGAUAAAGCAAUCACAUACAUUCUGAGCAUGUGAGAGACUGUACAGUACCGGUAUAUAGUUUAUCUGGGGGUGAGUAUCCUGGCAGCAAACUUGGCAUGUAGCGCUCGACAACCCAGCCUCUCAGGCGCAAGUGAGUAACAUUUGUGCUUGAACAAACUAAUGAAUCAAAUGAAGCAUGUUCUAUGAGUUGCGUGUGCGUCCUUCUGGGUUUUUGAGAGAAAUAAAGUACCACGUUAGCACCCCU